ACCCGUAUGGGAUCCCGGUGUGUUCAAGGUGAGGACUUUAGCUGUUAGGCUACUGCUCCGGCCCCUCUGCCUUUAUUUUUGAGUUAAAAUGCGAAAUUAAUGCAUGCCAGUUAAGAGGUCUCAUUACCACACCUUAACCAAAUAUAACAAGCACAGGAUAAGAGUGCCACAGGGCUAGCGUGGUGCAGUACGCUAAACCUCUGCUUGCAGUGCUGGCAUCACCUCUCAGAGCACGGAUUCAAGUCCAAGCUGCUCUUCUAAUCCAGAGUCCUGCCGAUGCACUUGGGAAGGCAGCAGAACAUGGUUCAAGUGGCUGGGCCCUGCCACCCACAUGGGAGACCCAAGUAGAAUUCUUGGCUCUUGGCUUCAACCUACCCCAAUCCUGGACACAGUGGACAUAUGUGGAGUGAACCAGCACGUGGAAGAUAUUUCUCUCUGUCUGCCUUUCAAAUAACCUUUCAAAAAAAAAAAAAAAGCCCUUAUUUUGCAACAAUACUUUAAUGGCUGUAAAAUCUUUUUAAUGUUUCUGAUUUAGGUGGCACAAUGUAAAACUGCUGUAAUUAGCCUCUUAAGUUAUCCUAAGGUUACUUCUCUAUUUCAAAAUUAAAGAUAGUGAAAAAGUUAAUAUCUUGUCUAACACUUUUAAUUAUUCCCUUAAGAGAGAUUCUUAGGGGGCUGGUGUUUUGACAAAAUGGGGUAGGAUACUGCUUUCGGCUGCUCAUGUUCUAUAAUACCGAAGUGCCAGAUCAGGUGCUCUGCUUCCAGUCCAGCUUCCGGCUAGCCUGAGAAGGCAGUGGAUAAGAGCCCAAGUGUUCGGGCAGCUCCCACCCAUGCGAGCGGCCUGCAUGGAGUUCAGGUUCUUGACUUUGGCCUAGCCAAGCCCUGUCUGUGACGGUGUUUGGUGAGCGAAGCAGCAGGUGGAAGAUCUCCCUCUGUCUCGCACUCUGCUUCAGGGCAAAUGAGUGAUCAUUUAAAAAAAGAAGCCAUGCUUCUGGAGUGGAAUUUCUAACCUAGAGAAGACAACUUUGGCUUUUAAUACUUACUUGAUAUCCAGGAAUUCUGAAGUCGGACUCUUUUUAUCUGUCAGAUUGGCAGAGAAUAAAGAGAUGAAAGCGUAAGGAUGAGGAAGGGUUCCUCCGUGAAGGCCGAACGAGCAGAGGGCAAUUCCAUCAUGAAGACAAAGCUGAUGAUAUACAUAGCCUUUGACCCAGCAGUUAGCUCCCAGGUUGGAGACGUGUGCAGGGGGUACACUCUGACACAAACACACAGAGCAAGAUACAAGGAUAGUGACUGAAUUGUACCUUCCCUCCGAUUAUGUCCCGCUGGAACUACAGGAUGCCACCGUAUUUGGCAGUAGGGCAUUUGCAGCAGUAGUUUUAUGAUAAGAUCACUCCGGACUUGGCUGUGUCAGUGACGUGUCCUUGUAAGAAGACGGGAAUUGGGACACGGAAUGUCAUGUGAAGACGGAGGCUCAGAGUGUCGGCGUGGGAAGGGCCUGUUUGUGAUUCCUGGUUACAGCUGUUGGAGAAACCAAAUGAAGAUAAAAUCUUUGUAACAUUACUACUAUCAGGAAAAAAAAAGACAAUCUGAAAAUCCUACAGUAGGACACUGCUCCCACAUUGUGGUCUAUGCAGUGGAAUUCUUUGCAGCCACUAAAUCCAGGAAGGAGGUCAUCUCUGCAUUUGUAUUCUCUGUCAAAUGAAAUAUAUGAAUCACGAAUAAAUAUAUAGCAUCACGAAGCACAUGCUACCAGCCACGUAGAAAAAAACAAAAUGUAUAGAAUGCAUACACGUCUAGGAAUUGAAUUGUGUCCAAAUAUCAAGAGACAGCCUGUGAUUCUGUUGGCGUCCGAGGAGGGAGGCUGGGGACGCGUGUGUGCCAUGCUAUACCAUGUGGGCUGACCGAGUCUUUAAAGAAGACUGAAGACUUGGUGGCAAUGGUGAAAAGGCUGCAGAAAGAGGGAAGCUUGGAGCCCCAGAUUGAGGACCUGAUCAACCGAAUUAAUGAGCUUCAGCAAGCUGAUAAGAAAUCCAGCGAGGAAGUGGGAGAGGCCCAAGCUCUCUGGGAAGCCCUCCAGAGGGAACUGGAUUCCUUGAAUGGAGAGAAAGUGCACCUCCAGGAGAUUUUGAACAAGAAGCAAGAGGCGCUGUGGAUCCUUCAGCUGCACUGCCCAGAGAAGAGCAAGGCUCCGAGAUUGGAUGUCGAAGGCCAGCUGGAUGAUCUGAUGGGCCAGCACAAGGACCUCUGGGAAUUCCACAUGCUGGAGAGGCGGCUGGCCCGGGAGAUCAGCGCGCUGGAGAGCAGCAAGGAGCAGCUGCUUACGGAGCAGACGCGGGUGCUCACCAAACUGUGCGAAGUGGAGCAGCAGCUGCGCUGGCUGUCCAAGGCUCUGGACGCCCCUGCUGAGGACGACAGCCCUUUUCUGCAGGCUGAGGGCGGAGCUGGAGAAAUCUACAGUACAGGUCUCCACAGGAACCCCGAGCUCAGCAGAGGCUGGGAGGAAGCCAGAGACGGAGAGGCCUGCACCCAGCUUCCCAGCGCCCGCCACGAGGAGGACCUGGAGCCGCCAGUGGAGCUGGCCCUGACGCCCCCUCCCCCUGCUAGCAUAAUGGGACCCAUUGAGCCCGCCAAGAAAUAAAGGCAAUGCUUUCCAACACUCCUGCCA